AGAGAACCGGCUUCACUCUAACGAACUCAGCAGCUAAACUGGAUUCAAUGACACCGCAGAUUGUUAUUUGUUUUCCUAACUAACUACGACGGGCUACUUUAUGUGACGAGUUUACUUCACGAUAGGAUAUAAUCACGUGUGUUAUCACUUAUGAGAUUAGUUAGAAUGUCCGAACAAAUUGCCAAUAUUGGAACCGUGGAGCUGUUUGCAAGUUUAUAAAUUUCUACCAUGAGGUCACGCUCAAAAUGCUUUUAAAAUUACAUCUCUUCGCACUGUUCUUGUAUGCAGUACUCAAGUACUUUCCGAAGGAAUCAAUUUCACCGGAAGAGAUCCUCUUUCAACGAUGUUUAUAUGACACCGAAGUGCUUUGCCCCAUCUGUUUUUCAAAAUCCACCGACUGCCAUUCGUUCAAAACCCGGUUGUCCUUCGAAAGUCAAAAUUUCCUGAUCCAACUAAUCACUCGUUUCGAUCAGCACGCCGUUAGUUACGCAGUCCUCGAUGGAGAACACACGGUGGUCUUAAAAAGUCUUAAUCGACAUAAAACGGUUGAAAGACUCAGAGAUUCUGUAUGUGAAGAGCUACGUAUACCACACACGAGGUGUCGACUUGACAACGAUGAUGACAAAUUUCUUUCCGCAAUGCGUCGACAGAUUUUGGACAGAGAUUUAUACGAGGGAGCCAUCAUUUGUCCGUUAGGUGAUGAUCGAGCGUUGGAAAGAUUUCUGAGGAAAUUUAGUGAUUUGACAGACGCUGUUAAGAUGAUUCUGAUGCGAACUAAUGUACAGUCACUUGCUUUAAAGUUAGCAAACAGUCACGGAGCCCCAGUACCGAAAUUUAUUUUCCAAGCAGGCUUCACGCUAGUUGAAAGCUUCGAUGGUGAAGCCCUGAGCAGUUUCUACAACGGACUGUUCGAAACUAGAGUUUUAGUCGCCAUUGAACUGAUUAACGCCAUGAUGGCCUUUAACGUAGAGCUCGAUGGAUUCCGGCUGUACCUUACUGACCUAAACCCGGACAAUAUCGUCGUGAAAAUACAACCCGAUGGUGCUAUUAAAGUGUCCUUCGUCGAUCUGAACAACGUGAUAAUACUGGAUAACCAAAGUGAGAGAUUAGGUAGAAAUAAUACGGAAAUAAUGCAUACUCUAAUUGAUUGUGAUGGAUGCUUUGCCUAUGUGCAGGAGGAGAUCUGCUCCUAUCACAACAGCGAUAUUAAUUUAUUUUCAAUUUGUCAGUUAUUUUUAGAGGAUUUUUAUGGGGACAGCAGCGCUGGCUUUCUACACAACGUAGCUGAUCAAGCCGAGCAAAGCCACAUCCGCCAGCUACUAGAGCACUGUGUUUACUGUAGACCUCCGGAAUGCGAAAAUCGUGGAAAACUUCUUCUUAAGAUUCGAAGUAUUUUGAAAUCUUUGUUAUAAUAUACACUUUAUUCUUAAUUCCAAACAA